UGCCCGGGGACAGCUCAGAGGGAGGGAGGGCCUCCGGUGUGGUCCUCUGAGCACGGAAGUACACUGGCCUUCUGCCAUCUGUGCGACCAGAUUAGAAGUCCCUAGAAGUGCCCUCCGCAUGGUCAAGGCCAGCUGCCCGGAAGGGAGAGCCAUGAGAGAAUGCUGGCAUUGACACAGAAAGGAAGCGCAGCAUCUGUGGAGGCAGCACGAGUGCGGAUAUAUGGAGGAUGUGCGGGGAUCUUCUUGGCCUGGAGCUGAUAACUAAAAUGAUAGCUUAGGAGGGGAAAGCAAAGGGCCCCCAGGACACGGCCCUCUGAGCCCAGGGUGGAGGGAGGGAAGCCAGCCUUGGGCCAGGGGAACGCCUUGCUUGGGUUCAAGCUGCCCCUUGCAGAAGGGGUGCUGGACUCUGGGGCAUAAACAGGACCUAAGGUGGGUGGGUUCUGAUGGAGUGGUUAGAGUGUCCCCAGAAAGGGGACAGGGAGAGCCAUGUUCUUGGCUUUAAGGGUUGGAGGUUGGCUGGCCAGGGUGGAGCCUCCUCAUGAUGACAAGACCGGUCCUGAGAAGCUUGGAAAGGAGUCCACAGAGCGUCCUGGGACACCAGCAGGAAGCGUGCCCAGAAAAGGCCCCGUCGUCUCUCUAGCGUGACGUGGGAUCCAGCUGCAGUCCCUUAGGGCAGGACUGCUUCCCUUGUUCCCAGACCUAGACCCAAGGAGCUGCCUCUGCUUGUCUCGGGCCCAGCUAUUUCCGUCUUUGGCCUUCCCAGUUCCCCGGAUUGCUUUAUUCAAUCCUUUGACCUUGUGUUAAAUUAUUCACUGACGGUUGUGAGAGCACGCCAAGCCAGGCUUCAUUCAAGAGCCUGGCCAUAGGUACAGGGACAUGGCACAGGAGGCAAGCUGGGGGUCUUCUCGCAUAGGCAAGUGGGAAUUUACAGCCAAGGAACAGGUAGGGGUCAGUGGACAGAAAAUGACCAGAGGCAACAUCAGGAGGGAGGGGGAUUCUGGCUAGCCUGACCUAACCAAGUUUUUGCAGAAGACAGGCCGGGGUGAUGAGCUGUCACCCAGGGGUUGGUGGAGGAUGAACCUGGUUUACGAACAGGGAUAAUGGGCUAUGAGGAUAGGGUCCUGGUGAAAGGUGCAUUUUACAUGGAGGAGCACAGAUAGGAGGAGAGCCUGACUAAAAUUUGGUCAAGCAAGCAAUCUGCCACCUUGGGCUAGUGGACUUUCUUCCAUUUUGAUUAAGGGUUGAAAAGAGCUUAGUGACUUGUCCCCUAGUCCUAAUAUGGAGUGCUGUGAUUUGAACUCAGAUCUUUGCCUAUGCUUAAUGGCAGGGCCCGGAGUCCCAUGCAAAGAGGGGCAGGAUGUGAACCAGUGUCCUAGGGGUGGGAGGGACACCAUCCUGUUGGCCCCUGCUCACGUCCUUGAAGCCACAGCUUCUCACCUUCAGCCUGUGAGCUUGAGGGCUGUCCCGUACGCUGUAGAAUGGUCAGCAGCAUCCUGGGCCUCCGCUCUCCAAAUGCCAGCGGGACUCUCUUCUCCCAGUUAUGACAACCCAAAUGUCUCCCAUCAUUGUCACAUGUCCCCUGGGAGAAGAAACCACCUCCAGUUGAGAGGCUGCCGCUGGUACUGUGAUCUCAACGAGCUUCUUUCUCUAAGAGGAUUUGACAUGGGUCAACGUGGCAGGACAGUGGCUGUCCCAAACACCAAGAGAACCCGCUGGGUCCCAGGAGAGAUGGGGAACAGCAGGAGCCGCGCGGAGCAGAGGUGUCACUCCCAGUUCCUUCCCGGGGAGCAGGCGGAAGUCGAUGCGCUGUUGGACACUCUGUCCUUGGACACGGGCAGCUCUGAGGCCUCGCCCAGGUCCUUCUCCCUGCAGGCGCUGAAGAACCGCAUUGGGGAGGCUCUUCCCCCAGAGAUGGUCAGCAGACUGUAUGACGGUAUGCAGAGAGUCCAGCCGCCUGGGAGGGCUCAGCGGCCCAGCAAGGGCGUCUCUCAGGAGCAGUUCACAGUGUCGCUGUCCCACCUGCUGAAGGGCAGCUCUGAGGAGAGGAGUCUCAUGAUUCUGAAGAUGAUUUCUGCCAACGAAGGUCCCGUGAAAGCCAGAGAACUCCAGAAGUUCACAGAGGAUCUGGUUGGCUCUGUGGAGCAUGUGCUGGCCCACAGGCAGGAGCUGAAGGGCUGGACCGGGAAGAAGGCCCCCGGAACCCCCACCAGGGUGCAGGCACUGGCUGCCCACCUGCUGUCUGAGAUGAAGCUUCCAGAUGGCAGCAGGCCGCUGGGGCCUCACUGGCUGGACCAUGCCUGUGACCGAGCCACGGUCGAGGACUGGGUGUUCAGGGUCCCCCACGUGGCCACGUUCCUGAGAGUGGUCAUCCACCAAGGCUUCCCGGCUGUUGAGGCGCUGCCUGAAGGCCGCCCUGACCCUGGCCACGGAGGCCCCCACUGUCUGAGUGGCGGAGCCGUGUGUCUGCUGCUCUUGGUGCCCAGUGCACACAGUGACCUGGUGUCCAUUGCUCUGUGGCUUCCAGGGGACGAGAGGUGCUUCCUGUUCUCCGUCUCCCCCAGCAUGGCCGUGUACCGGCCCACGGGCUACAACGACCACUUCAUGUACCUGAACUGCGGGCAGCAGACCAUCCCGAAUGGACUGGUGAGAGCUGCAGUGCAUGGGGGGGACGCGUCUCGGCAGUGA